AUGGUCAGCUCCUGUUGUGGCUCUGUCUGCUCUGAGGAGGGCUGUGGCCAAGGCUGCUGCCAGCCCAGCUGCUGCCGUCCCAGCUGCUGUGUGUCCAGCUGCUGCCGCCCCUGCUGCAGUCCCUGCUGCCAGCCCUGCUGCAGCCCCUGCUGCCAGCCCUGCUGCCAGCCCUGCUGCCGCCCCUGCUGCCGCCCCAGCUGCUGCCGCCCCAGCUGCUGCAUCUCCAGCUGCUGCCAGCCCUCCUGUGGUGGUUCCAGCUGCUGCAGUCCUUGCUGCCAGCCCUGCUGCCGCCCCUGCUGCUGCCUGCGUCCAGUCUGCGGUCAGGUCUGCUGCCAGAGCACUUGCUACCGCCCCACCUGUGUCAUCUCCACCUGCCCCCGCCCCAUGUGCUGUGCCACCCCUUGCUGCUGCUGA